GCUGAGUCACCCGGGAUCGGCCAGCCCGCUCGGCUGGGGGCGUUGGUGACAGCGGGCCCGGGUCGGACGCCUGCCUCUGCCCGCUGCGCAGAGGCACCGCCGGGGCAGAGAACAGGGAGAUAAGAGGAUCACGUGGGAAGAAGUUCUGAAAGUAGAUUGCUUUAAAAGACCUGAAAAAUUGAUACCAACCCACCUUGAGCCAAAUCAUCCCCAAAUCAAAAGCAUGGCCAGGACUUUCAGGAGUGUGUGAAAACAGCUGCUGUGCGAGAUUUAACCUCCUGGGAGUAAAAUGGAUUAAUCAGGCUGCAAGGGAAAAUCCUAAUCCUGUGCUGAGAUUGUUUCAAACAGAAGAUAAAUAAGCAUCCUCAGUACUUCUACACCCUACAUAUAUCACCUAGGAUUCUAAUAUAACCCUAUCUGAUGAUGAAGUCAGCUUUUUCUCCUGCUGAUAAGAGGCAGAAGUUAAAUAGCUGGUGUGAAGUAUGAAAGAGCCAUGUUCAGCAUCAUAAGCAUAGUUGUCAGCAUGAUUCUGUGCUACCCUGACUCUCAGGCAGUGUUGACUGUGGAGAGGUGGGAGGAAUUCUCCAGAGCCAGAGCUGCUCCAAGACCCCUCUCCACUCUGCACUGACAGCCCCCUACAGGAACUGUAGUGCCUCAUAAAGGAAAAGCUCUGAAACGCUCCAUCCAGGAAUGUCUUUACUCUCAUCUAGCCAGUGUUGAGCUGAUCAACAAACAUCUAGCUAAACAUCAAUCUUAAAAGUCAAUCUGGUGAUCUUACUCAAUAAGAACUUUAAGGUGAUGAACCAUGGAGACUGGCUCAGUGGUCCGAGCCGUCUUUGACUUUUGCCCUAGUGUAUCAGAAGAGUUGCCGCUCUUUGUGGGCGAUAUCAUUGAGGUGUUGGCAGUGGUGGAUGAAUUUUGGCUUCUAGGAAAGAAGGAGGAUGUUACAGGACAGUUCCCCAGCAGUUUUGUGGAAGUUGUGACCAUUCCCACUCUAAAAGAGGGAGAAAGGCUGUUCAUCUGCAUCUCUGAAUUUACAUCCCAAGAACUCAGCAGUCUUCCCCUACAUCGAGGUGACCUGGUGAUUCUCAAUGAUGAUACUCCCACUGCAGACUGGCUGCAGGGCCGCAGCUGCUGGGGUUCCCGGGGCUUCUUCCCAUCCUCAUGUGUUCGAGAACUCUUCCUCUCCUCUCACAGCCAGCAGUGGCACACACACAGUGCACUGCUUGAGAUUCCUGAGUACUCCAUGGGACAAGCACGAGCCCUCAUGGGACUUUCUGCUCAGCUAGAUGAGGAGUUGAACUUCAGGGAAGGGGAUGUGAUUACCAUUAUUGGAGUUCCUGAGCCAGGCUGGUUUGAAGGGGAGUUAGAAGGUCGAAGAGGCAUUUUCCCAGAAGGUUUUGUAGAGCUUUUGGGGCCCCUGAGAACUGUGGAUGAGUCAAUAACUUCUGGAAAUCAAGAUGACUGUGUUGCUAAUGGUGAAGUAGAUAUGACUCUAGGAGAAGAAGAGAAGGGGCUAGAGGAGGAGGAUGAGCAACCUGGGGCCUAUGGAAUUGCCCUCUAUAGAUUCCAAGCUCUGGAGCCUAAUGAAUUGGAUUUUGAAGUAGGGGAUAAAAUUCGAAUUCUGGCAACCUUGGAAGAUGGCUGGCUAGAAGGGUGCCUGAAAGGCAGGACAGGCAUCUUUCCCCACCGCUUUGUAAAAUUAUGUCCUAAUGCUAGAACAGAAGAGCCCAUAGCUCUGUCCCAGGAAGGGAGCCUUACCAAAGCCCCAGAAAGUUCUUGGGAUGCUUUGGAGAACUCCUUAGUAGCGGAGACACCAGGACAUGAGUCUCAUGAGUACAAAGCAGAGGAGACCAGCUGUGGUCUUCCUGAGAACUCCACUACUCUCCUAAAUCAUCUGACUCCUGAAUAUGAUAUAAACGAGAACUCCAGUCAAGAUGAAGGUACCUCAGGAGAGCUCCCCCGAAGCCCUGGUACAGAGCUUGAAAAGCCUCCCUCUAAGGACUCUGACAUGACUCAUUAUUUAGAGGCGGUCAGUGGCGUUUCUUCCCAACCUCAGGUACCUUUUCAUUCAAAAUUGCAGAAAAACCAGUAUAACUCUACAGCAGAAGGGGACCAUCAAAGCUCCGAACAGUUCUCUGACCUUCCUGUAGAAGCCAGGACUAGAGACUACUCUACCCUACCACCCAGAGGAACAUGUGCUCAACGGAGCUCCCAGAGAAAGCCACUGGCCCCCCUUCACAGAGGCUCUUCCCUCACAGCCUCGAGGGUAGCCCACCCUAACCAGUUGAGUCCUCAGUUCCAGGGCAUGGCAAAGUGUACUAAGAAACACCACACAUCCAAAGAAAACACCUCUAGCUUCAGCUCCACAUCAGGGAGAUCAGAAAGAAAACCUGGUCCACAAGGCAAGGGCCCCGCUGUGGCAGUAAUAGCACUUUCACAUGGAGAUGGCAGCACUGACCUGGAUUCCAAGUUGACACAACAGCUGAUAGAAUUCGAAAAGAGCCUGUCAGCGUCUGCCACAGAGCCAGAUAAAAUUUUACGCCACUUUUCAAUUAUGGAUUUUAACUCUGAGAAGGAUAUCGUCCGAGGUUCCUCAAAAUCAAUCCCUUCGCAGGACCUACCUGAGAGGAGAAAAGCACUAAGGCCACCACCACCCCGACCACAUACUCCAACAUCUACUUCCCCUCACUUGCUGGUUGACCAGAGCCCAAAACCUGUGCCCCCCUUGCCCGUGCGGCCCUCACGCCCAGCUCCCCUGCCUCCUGCACAACAGAGAUUAAAUGCAGCCUCCCCCAAUCCACUCUCCUGUCACUGUCCUAGCUUCAAGACUCUAGAAAAGGAGGGCCCUGAGCAUGUGGAACAGAGUCUGGAUCAGACGUCCCCCUGUCCCUUAGUCCUGGUAAGGAUUCAGGAAAUGGAGCAGGAUCUGGAUAUGUACACGAGAGCUCAAGAAGAGCUGAGCCUGAUGCUGGAGGAGAAGCAAGAUGCAUCCUUAAGGGCAGAGACCCUUGAGGAUCUUGAGUUCUUUGAGAGUAACAUUGAAAGUUUGAACCUGGGACUGCAGCAACUGAGAGAAAUAACACCCCUCUCCUCACAGUCUUCAUCCCUGGUGGCUCCUUCUGGGUCUGUGUCCACUGAAAACCCAGAGCAGAGGAUGCUAGAGAAGAGAACCAAGGUAGUAGAAGAACUUCUUCAGACAGAAAGAGACUACAUCCGGGAUCUAGAGAUGUGUAUUGAGCGGGUCAUGGUGCCCCUACAGCAGGCACAGGUACCAAACAUUGAUUUUGAGGGACUUUUUGGAAAUAUGCAGAUGGUGAUUAAAGUCUCGAAGCAAUUAUUAGCUGCCCUGGAAAUCAGCGAUGCUGUAGGACCUGUGUUUCUUGAUCACCGGGAUGACCUUGAGGGAACAUACAAGAUUUACUGCCAGAAUCACGAUGAGGCCAUUUCACUGCUGGAAAUCUAUGAGAAGGAUGAAAAGAUCCAGAAGCAUCUUCAAGACUCCUUGGCAGACUUGAAGAGCCUAUACAAUGAAUGGGGUUGCACCAAUUAUAUUAACCUGGGCUCCUUUCUCAUCAAACCUGUACAGAGAGUAAUGCGUUACCCACUGCUACUAAUGGAGUUGCUGAAUUCCACCCCCGAACUCCAUCCAGAUAAAGUGCCUUUAACCAAUGCAGUCCUUGCUGUCAAGGAAAUCAACGUUCACAUUAAUGAAUAUAAACGUCGAAAGGAUCUGGUGCUCAAGUACCGUAAGGGUGAUGAGGAUAGCCUUAUGGAGAAAAUUUCCAAACUGAACAUCCACUCCAUCAUCAAGAAAUCCAACCGAGUGAGCAGUCACCUGAAGCACCUCACUGGCUUUGCUCCUCAGAUAAAGGAUGAGGUAUUUGAAGAAACAGAAAAGACCUUCCGGAUGCAAGAAAGAUUGAUUAAAUCUUUUAUCCGAGACCUGUCGCUUUACCUCCAGCAUAUCCGGGAAUCAGCAUGUGUGAAAGUGGUGGCUGCUGCAAGCUUGUGGGAUCUGUGCAUAGAGAGGGGACACCGUGACCUGGAGCAGUUUGAGAAGGUGCAUCGUUACAUUAGUGACCAGCUCUUCACAAAUUUCAAAGAGAGGACAGAGCGGCUUGUCAUCUCUCCCUUAAAUCAGUUACUGAGCAUGUUUACAGGACCCCACAAGCUGGUGCAGAAACGUUUUGACAAGCUUCUCGACUUCUACAACUGCACAGAACGAGCAGAGAAGUUGAAGGACAAGAAAACCCUAGAGGAGCUGCAGUCAGCCCGGAACAACUACGAGGCCCUGAAUGCACAGCUGCUAGAUGAGCUACCCAAGUUUCAGCAGUACGCACAGGGUCUCUUUGCCAACUGCAUCCAUGGCUAUGCUGAAGCCCACUGCGACUUUGUGCAGCAGGCAUUGGAGCAGUUGCAGCCACUGGUUUCGUUACUCAAAGUUACAGGCAAAGAGGGAAACCUAAUUGCCAUCUUCCAUGAAGAGCACAGCAGGGUUCUGCAGCAACUCCAGGUCUUCACUUUCUUUCCCGAGUCUCUUCCAGCUACCAAGAAGCCUUUUGAGAGGAAGACCACAGACCGCCAGUCUGCACGGAAGUCCCUCCUGGGGCUGCCAAGUUACAUGCUGCAAUCAGAAGAGCUACGGGCCUCGCUGCUGGCACGAUAUCCCCCUGAUAAACUCUUCCAAGCAGAAAGGAAUUUCAAUGCUGCUCAGGACUUGGAUGUCUCACUUUUAGAAGGUGACCUGGUGGGUGUGAUAAAAAAAAAAGACCCCAUGGGCAGUCAGAACCGCUGGCUGAUUGACAAUGGAGUUACCAAAGGCUUCGUGUACAGCUCUUUCCUAAAGCCCUACAAUCCACGCCAUAGCCACUCUGAUGCCUCUGUGGGGAGCCACUCCUCCACUGAGUCAGAGCACAGCAGCUCCUCCCCCAGAUUCCUGCGACAGAACAGCAACAGCACCUUGACCUUCAACCCCAGCAGCAUGGCUGUGUCCUUUGCUUCAGCUUCUUGUCCAAAGCAGCCUCAAGAUAUACCUUCAUUGAAAGAAUGUGACCAAGGAACUCUUGAUGCAUCCUUGAACCUGAGUAGUCCAGAGAAUGGACCUUCCAGGUCCUUGCCAGACCCAGAGUGGACCUUGCAGCCCAGACCAAGGGACUCUGUAGAUGUGGCCAGUAUAAGGGGCUGCUACCGAAGCACCAGACAUCCGGAGGUUGUACUGAGCCGAAAUGGACAAGGCAGAGACCUCGCAAAAGGAUGUGCAAUAGCAGCCCAGGCUCUGGAAGAUAAAAAUGAAAAGCUAGAAAGCAGUGAGGCAGAAGGCAGUCAGGUCUAUUUUGCUGUUUAUACCUUCAAAGCACGAAACCCAAAUGAGCUGAGUGUGUCAGCCAAUCAGAGACUCAAGAUCCUCGAGUUUAAAGACAUUACCGGCAAUACAGAGUGGUGGUUAGCUGAAGUUAAUGGGAAGAAGGGCUACGUCCCAUCCAAUUAUAUCCGCAAAACUGAGUACACCUGAGCCUAUUGUGCCUCCUACUCAACCUUACUGCCUUUGCUUUCAGUCUGCUGAGAGGUUCUGGUGGCCUGCUGAGCGGCACCUGCUCUUGAGCCCCAGGCCCUGCUGCACUGCUUAACAUGACUGGUGGAGAGUAAGACACGCUUUGUUCUUCUCCACUGGGUUAUAAAUCUUGAUGCUCCCUAGAAUUUCUAGGAUUUGAAGUGUACCCUGGGACUUGCAAAUGAUUCAGUGACCACAAGACAAGAGGCAAGUGCUGGGUCAGCCUUUGGAAAUGAGAAAUUUCCAGUCAGAACACCAGUAUUCUGCACCUGUGUCUGCAGGAAUCUCUGAUAGUAUCAUUUGUAUCAUACUGAGUCUGAAGUGGCCCCAUGCUCCAUGACGAACUGGUCAGAAACUGACUUGGAUGGGGCUCUGAGGGCCCAGGCAGGUUAUAUUUUGGCAUGUGGCAAAGAAUUUGCUAAGAUGGCACCAAACCCAGUGUUUCAAAGCUUCUGAGAUACCUCUAGUGUCCUGCACACAUUUCUUUUCUCACACCUAAUUUCUAAAGUCCCUAAAGUACUAAUCUUUUAUUUCACUGUAUUCAACUAUAUUCACUGUAUUCAACUGCUUUCUUCUGCUAAGAAGUAAUUAGGGUUUUUAUUUUCUUUUGAUCUUUUAUCUGAAAAGUUCUCUUUCCUUUUUAGAUACAGCCAUCUACUCUUUCUGACAGUCACCUCUACUUUAUAGUCUGAAUGUGAUGUCUCGUGACCCUCUCUCUAUGGUCAACAAUGCAUAGAUUUUUCUAGAAAAACAGGAUCGGAGCUCCAGCCUCCACUAAAAGUACUAGUUCUGCACAAAUCCCUAACCAGUCCAGCCUAAUCAAGGACUGCAUACCUUGUUCCUUCAUACUGUUGCCAUUUAGUCACAUCCACAGUUGCAGAAAACAUAACCCAUGUGACUUAUUUCAGUUAAGCAGUCCCAGAAGUAGUUUAUCCUACACAAGGAAAUAAGAUUUUCAGUUUCACCACUAACCUCCAUGCUUCAGGGACAGUUUUCAAAGCCAAACAGAUUCGAAAGUGCCUGAUAAGAACUCCCAUUGGUCACAGGAAGAUAUUUGCUAACCCCUUAGAAUCUGGCUCUGAAAAUUUGGUUUUAGCAGGGUUCCUGUACUUAAGUUCUUCAGGAGCUAUGAAGCCUGCCUUAUAAUAGAUAACUAUGAAGUUUGUCUUUUAAAGGAAUUACAGCUGUACAGCCCUGCUUCUCUGCAUGCACAUUUGGCCUUAAGAUCCUGGUGACCCAGGAGACACCUGUGGACUCCUCAUCUUUUGUCCCUGCCAGUGGUCACAGGCAGUAAUUAUAGGUCUCUUGUGAAGAGUAUUUAUAUUUAGAGAUGUUUAUAUUUUAGUUAUUUUAUAAAUAAAAUCAUUUCUAUUGGCCAUGAAUAUGUUUUCUUGAUUCUCCUUCAGGUUGAGGUGAACCUAAACAUUUUCCUCAAGUGUCUGUCACGCCUUCUUGCCAAUUCAGUGGUGUUCUGAAUCCUGUGGGAAUGGAAAGGCUAACCAAAGAAACUCGAGACCCAAUUUUUCUUGCAAAAUAUUUAACAUAUCCUGCAUACGUAAGAUGUCUGUGCUACACAUGAUUGCCCCUUUAUUUAAAGAUGCCUUGUAAAAUAAAUUCCUAGCAGAAUAAAAGAGGUGAAAUCUCCA